GAUUUUGUUUUAUGGCGUUUUUGUUUAAAUUGCUUGUAAGUCAUGUGUAUUUGUGCUCACUGUGCCAACGCAUUUUGCGCGGACAUAGCGUUAGCUUAGCAUUAAGUGGAAAAUGACGCUUUAUGCUUGUCCCAAGACAGCGAUGCACCACAUGCACCACAGAAUGGGACGGUUUGGCCUCUUCUUCCUACGUCACAUUUUUUCCUUUCGUUCCACCAGGACAUGCUGCCUCCAUCAAGGGGUCCUCGCUGGUUCACACCCCUGUUACCGAAGCAUCAUCCCCGGUCACAGCUGUCAGCACAGGAGGGCUGAGAGCACAGCCCUCAGCCAACACAUGCAGGACCUGACUGUGCCUGAGCAGAGGCUCUUGAAUAAACUGUACCAAGGGCUGAUUGGAGGACAGCGGGCAUCUCUAGCUGAGUCCAUCACUCUGGUAGAAACCCAGCAUCCCAGGAAGAAAGAGCUGGCCCAGGUGCUGCUGCAGAGGGUGCUGGCCUACAGCAGGGAGCAGGAGAGUCGUAAUGGAGGGAAACCAAUGGCCUUCAGAGUAGGUCUCUCUGGGCCUCCUGGAGCAGGAAAGUCAUCAUUCAUUGAGGUGGUGGGGAAGAUGUUGACAGGACUUGGACAUAAAGUGUCAGUGCUGGCUGUUGACCCAUCCUCCUGCACCUCAGGAGGGUCUCUGAUGGGUGAUAAGACUCGUAUGACUGAACUCUCCAGAGACAUGAACGCUUUCAUCAGACCGUCACCGACCUCUGGAACACUUGGUGGAGUCACUAGAACAACCAAUGAGGCCAUUGUUCUCUGUGAGGGGGCUGGAUAUGACCUUGUCCUUGUAGAGACUGUAGGUGUGGGCCAGUCAGAGUUUGCAGUUGCUGACAUGGUCGACAUGUUUGUGUUGCUGAUUCCACCAGCAGGUGGCGAUGAACUCCAGGGUAUCAAGAGGGGCAUCAUUGAGAGGGCUGACCUGGUGGUGGUGACAAAGGCAGAUGGAGACCUGGUGGUGCCGGCCAGGAGGAUCCAGACUGAGUACACUAGUGCUCUCAAGCUGCUCAGGAGACAGUCAAAGUCCUGGAACCCCAAGGUGGUGCGUGCCUCCUCACUCAGCGGUGAAGGUAUCCCAGAGAUCUGGGCCAAGAUGGAGUCAUACCGGGAUGCCAUGUUAGCUAGCGGUGAACUACAGGGCCGGCGGAUGGCCCAGCAAAGGAUUUGGAUGUGGAGUUUGAUCCAGGAGAACGUCCUCUCCCAUUUCCAAAAUCAUCCCAGUGUCAGAGAGGCGUUACCCCACCUCGAACAGAGGGUCACCAAAGGAGCCAUCUCUCCAGGCCUGGCUGCUGACAUGCUUCUCAAAGCCUUCUCAUCAUCAUCUGCAUCAUCAUAGUAAUCAGUGGGACUGUACUUUGGAGAAGGAUCAAUGUUUCUGCUGAUUACGAAUAUACAAAAAAACAAAACAAAACGCCAGGACAAAGUGAGAAUUUGUGACCUUGACUGUGGUAUACACAGAAAGAAGCAGUCUUUCUCCUUUAACACUUGAUUUGAAAUUUAAAAUACCUGAGAUAGAAGUCACCCUUUCCAGAGGAACCCGGUUUCAGCAUGCUUUAAUCCAAAGCAUCAGUGGGCUGGCUGAGCACGUCUUUCCUGCUGCUUCAAGACACAUUCACAUUUGGGCAGUGAAGUGGAAAGAUUAAAAAAUUUCCAUUUGUGAGAGACGAUGUUCAAGAGUUCUGUCAGAUAUGUUUGCUGACCUCAUGCUGGUUUUCUCAUGUAAGGAAGAUAUUGGCUGCCCUCUCCUAUAAGGGCACUGCAGCCCUCAUGGACAGUUUACCUAUACUGAUCACUUUUAUGAACAGUGUGUUUAGAUGGUGAAGCCAGGGGCUUGUUCAUGCCAUAAAUAUUGACAUGACAAAUACAGCAGUGGGUGUAUUAUCUGUCAUAAGUUAUUUUAAAUUCCUAUUACUGUGCACAGUUUGACCAUUAAUAGACAUGUUUAGAGAGGAUUAGAUUCAGGGCAGUGGGAUUUGUAUAGUCAGUUUCUCUCGUUGAGUUACUGUGAACAGUUCUUGGACAAAAUGUCUUUUAUUCACUGUCUUUAUUUCAGAGUGGAAUCAGAAUUUUAAAGAAUAAGGCGGCUUUUAAAUGAACAAGUGAAUAAUAUUAAAUCUGUUGGUACAGUUGGCCAAGAUUUUCCUUUUCCUUGUUUGCUCGUGAUAUGAAAGAAGGCAGAGUGAUUAGUGUAACCUCUAUGAAUAUUAGUCCUGAGAUUUGUCAAAGAUGUAAUGAAAUUUAUUCAGCACUCUGGAGCCAGAAAUGUCAGCGCUGGGUGUCCCCUGAAUGAGUCAGUGGUACAGUUGCUUCUAAUUCAGACAAAACACACUUUAAUAUUUUCAGAAUUACCUUCUUAAUGCACUGCACUCCUGGCACCACGAGAGAUGAAAAGACAAAGAAGUCACACACUCAAUUUUAAACAGAAGUGCUGCUUUAUUCAGGGUAAAGUAGUAGACUCCAGUGUUGGUAGCUACUGCCUGUGUAAUCUACACAGCAGGUAUUUUCCCACACAGACAUCCCAGUCAUUACGACAGUAUCCAUCUUAAAGUACCAGUUGAAACUACAGCUGCAACAAGUGAUUGAUUUCGUCAGUUUGUCUGUCAGUUACCUUUUCAAACUGUGAAUUGUUUAAUCUACAAAAUGUCAGAAAAUAAUAAAAUGUCCCUCAC